UGGAUAUUAUACUCGUGAUGUUUUUACGAUCAUACAGAACUAAGCUUAAACUUUAAAUACCAAUAAUUUCGAUCUAUUUAACAUGUACUUACAACAUCAAUUAUCAAUAGUACUUAUUGUGAGUACAAUUCAAUAUACGUCCUCAAAUUGUGGGUGUAGUACAAAUAGAAAUGGUCAAUGCAAAGAUGAUUUUGAUCCAAGCCACAAGUAUUUAAAAGACUCAAAUGAAAUUAGAGACAAUAAUGAAAAUGAAAUGCUUAAUACGUCCCAUAUGGUGCUAAUAGAAAGUACAAUUUUUGAAAUGGGAACCAAUAAACCUGUUUUUGAGGCAGAUAAUGAAGGCCCACUUCGUAAUGUGACUGUAAAUACAUUUUACCUUGAUAAAUAUGAAAUAUCGAACCAACAAUUUUAUAAUUUUGUUAAGAAAACAGGGUAUAAAACAGAGGCUGAAGUUUUUGGAGAUAGUUUUUUAUUUGAAAUGUGCCUUCCUGAAAAAGAACGAAAAAAAUAUGAAGAUAUCAGAGCUGCUCAAGCCCCCUGGUGGAUAAAAAUGAAUGGAGUGUCUUGGAAACACCCUGAAGGACCAGAUUCUACAAUUGAAGGUAAAAUGAAUCAUCCAGUGAUUCAUGUCUCCUGGAAUGAUGCUGUUAAAUAUUGUGAAUAUGUGGGAAAAAGGUUGCCUACAGAAGCUGAAUGGGAACUGGCCUGUAGAGGGGGAUUGAAACAAAAAUUGUAUCCUUGGGGAAACAAACUACAUCCAAAAGGACAGCAUUGGGCCAACAUUUGGCAAGGAGAGUUUCCUCAUACUAAUACUGCUGAAGAUGGUUUUGUAUUUACUAGCCCUGUGGACUCUUUUCCUGCAAACAAGUUUGGGCUUUAUAAUAUGGCUGGAAAUGUUUGGGAAUGGACACAAGAUAAUUGGAAAAAUGAGCCUGAUACAAAGGUCAAGAAAGGAGGAUCGUAUUUGUGCCACGAGUCAUAUUGUUGGCGGUACAGAUGCGCCGCCCGUUCAUCUAAUACAAAAGAUAGUUCUGCCUCGAAUUUAGGAUUUCGGUGUGCGGCUGACAAAAUAUAGAUCAAUUACAGUUCGUAUCUACUUAAUAUUGAAAGUUUAAAAAAAAAUUGGUAUUAAAUUGAUUAUAUGCUGACCAUACUGAAUUAAUUGACUGACUAGUUCUUGUCUUUUUUCUAGUGUGGAUGUGUCUAUGUUGUAGGUGUUGUUUUAUCUUGAGCGUAAUCUGAUGUCCUACGAGGGAGAUAAAACGCAUUUCUUUUCACGCGGCCUUUUCACAUUUUGUUUUUAUUUUAAUUAUCUAUAGAUGUUUUUUGUGAAAUACAUUGAGGCUAGCUGUGACUGCCGAAUCCACAACAACUAUGUUUUGUUUGGGAUGAGAUAUUGGUUUAUCUUUAAUUAAAAAGGGAUUGAACAUAUGUAUUAUUUCAAAGUUUCCCCGUUUAGGAUCUCUUGAGGACAUCGUUGUCGUCCAUAGUCUCAAAUUAUUCCUGAAAAUAAUACAUGGUCGUAUAAAUAAAAAACUGGAAGAAGGAAUGAUAGUCAGUUUGGGUUCAGAACCGGACUAGGAAUCAGAGAAGCGUUAUUUGCUUUUAAUGUGUUAGCUCAAAGAUGCAUGGAUAUGAAUGUUGAUGUGCAUGUUUGUUACGUUGAUGUUGAAAAAGCAUUUGACAAAGUAAGACAUGAAAAAUUAGUCCAAGUUCUAAAGACAAAAAACAUUGACCACAGGGACUUCGGAUAAUAACAAACCUCUACUGGAAUCAAAGAGCACAAAUCGUAAUAGAUAACGAACUUACUUACUUACUCCGUGGCGUUACAACCCCUCGUGGGUUUUAGCCGACUCGACAACAUGCCUCCACUGUUUUCUGUCUUGAGCAAACGAACGAUAGAUAACGAAAUAGAUAACGAACCCAGUCCAGAAAUUGAAAUCAGGAGAGGAGAUAGGCAGGGAUGUAUUAUGUCCCCAUUACUAUUUAAUGUAUACAGUAAAACCAUUUUUGAAGAAGCAUUACUAUCUCAAAGUGAAGGAAUAAUAAUUAACGGAAUAAUUAAGAUCUAUAAACAACAUAAGAUAUGUAGAUGACACCGUAAUUAUGGCAAGCUCUGUUAAACAACUCUAAUUACUUCUAAACGAAACAAACAGUUUAUGUGAAAAAUAUGGACUAAAAAUGAAUAUAAAAAAGACCAAAAACAUUAUAAUACAUGUACAACAAACAUACAUUUGGGAAAUGUACCGAUAAAAAGGGUUGAUUAAUACAAAUACCUAGGAACCUGGAUUUCAGACAAUAAUGAUCAAACAACCGAAAUAAGAGCUAGGAUACAAAUAGCAAGAAAUGCGUAAAAAUGAAAACAAUUCUCUGCAACAAAGAUCUUAGAUUAGAACUGAGAGUAAGAGCACUGAGAUGCUACAUGUUUUCGAUACUGCAAUAUGGACUUGAAAGCUGGACAUUGAAGCAAGAACACAUAAAUAAGUUACAGUCCUUUG